GGUUUCAAGAAAAACGCGCUCCAAGGAACCCUAUAAAACCCCGAAAAUUCAGCAGUUCACAAUUUCCUCAGAUCUUUUCGUUGAAUUUCUUCAAUUUAACUCGUUUUUUCUGCAAGUCUGAGUCAAGUUAAAACACGCUAGUGUAGACUCAUGGGGACUGUUGUUGAGGCUGCAAACAAGGAAGGAACCAAAAGUGCUCUUAGUGAAAAGAAGCCCAAGGUCGUGUUUGUCCUAGGAGGCCCAGGCAGUGGUAAGGGUACACAGUGUGCAAAUAUUGUAGAGCACUUUGGGUAUACCCAUCUCAGUGCUGGAGAUCUUCUCCGUGCAGAAAUAAAAUCUGGCUCCGAAAAUGGGACCAUGAUUCAGAACAUGAUUUCUGAAGGAAAGAUUGUUCCUUCAGAAGUAACAAUCAAGCUUCUUGAAAAAGCAAUUGUGGAAAAUGAAAAUGACAAAUUCCUAAUUGACGGGUUUCCUCGUAACGAGGAGAAUCGUGCAGCCUUUGAGUCAGUUACUGGAAUUACACCCGAGUUUGUUCUUUUCUUUGAUUGUUCCGAGGAAGAGAUGGAGAGGCGCCUCUUGAGCCGCAACCAGGGGAGAGUAGAUGAUAACAUUGACACAAUAAGGAAGCGAUUUAAGGUUUUUGUCGAAUCAAGUCUCUCUGUUAUCGACUAUUAUAAUUCCAAGGGGAAGGUCAGGAAGAUUGAUGCUGCUAAGCCUGUUGGAGAAGUGUUUGAAGCAGUUAAGGCUGUUUUCGCCCCUGCCCAUGACAAGGUUGCUGCCUAGGCGCUUACAAGCUUCGGCUGGUUUAAAAUUGAGAUGUACGGGGGCGAAGGGUUUCUUGGUCCUUUGUUUUAUUUAAUGUUUGUUCAAUGACUCUUUAAUGGUUCACCCUAACAUUUCCCACUUGUCCGACUGUUGUUGGAGUUGACACAUGAUUUUGUUGGUACCAUCCAACCUAGUACAUCUGAGAAUUCUCUUAAUUGGAUAGUUGUAGACAUUCAUAAACAGCUCUACCGUUGUCUUUAGCGGAUAGCGCUAGUUUAGAUUAAAUAGUACAUCCCAACAGGGGAUGAAGGGGGUCAAACUUCUUGUUCUCGAAUGAAAAAAAAUGAAUAUUCAAUUCAGGUUCUUCAUUA